AGCCUCGUGUUUCAUUUCAUAGUAUAAACGACCACACUAAACGUGAGCCUCUAGUUUCAUCAUCUCUUAAACCAAAUCAUAUAGUAGCAUUCAUGUGUUACCACUUUCUUCCUUAAUCUUCGCACAACACAACAAUGGAAGCUAUGUUAGCUUUCUCUGUCACUUCACUUCACAUCCCAACACCUCUAGAAACUCCAACCCUAUUCAAAAAAUCUAUCUUCCUCAACUCACAAUCCCAUUCAACACUUCCAUUCUUUACUAGAAACACUUCAAAAUUCAAGCUUUUUACUGCCUUAUCACCUUCUCCAUUAACCAAUACUAGCACUAACCUUCCAGUGGAUGAUGAGCUAGAAGAUGAAACAGGUUCGGAGAAAUUUGAUUGGUACUCACAGUGGUACCCUUUGAUGCCAAUUUGUGAUCUUGACAAAAGGGCACCUCAUGGCAAGAAGGUUAUGGGGAUUGAUGUGGUUAUAUGGUGGGACAGGAAUGAAGAUGCAUGGCAAGUGUUUGAUGAUGCUUGUCCUCAUAGAUUGGCACCUUUGUCUGAAGGGAGGAUUGAUCAAUGGGGUAGGCUGCAGUGUGUGUAUCAUGGUUGGUGUUUUAAUGGAUCAGGUGAUUGUAAGUUCAUUCCUCAGGCACCUUCUGAUGGACCUCCGAUUCAUACAUCCAAAAAAGCGUGUGUUGCUGCGUACCCAAGCAUUGUGCAGAAUGAUAUCUUGUGGUUUUGGCCAAAUACUGAUCCUCAAUACAAAGAUAUUAUUACAAGAAAAAAACCACCAUUCAUACCAGAAAUUGAUGAUCCAUCUUUUACUAGCUUAAUGGGAAACCGAGAUAUUGCUUACGGGUAUGAAGUAUUGAUUGAAAACCUCAUGGACCCUUCACAUGUUCCAUAUGCUCAUUAUGGAUUAAUGAAAACUCCACAACCAAAAGAGAAAGCUGAUAGAGAAGGAGGAAGACCACUUGAAUUGUCAAUUGAAAAGUUAGAUAUCAAUGGUUUCACUGCAAAUCAGGGUUGGAGCAAAAGUAAAUUUAUGCCACCUAGCAUUUUUUAUGCAUAUAGUGAUCCAAAUAAACCGGCAUCUUCUGAUGAAUCUAAGAAAUCAUCGGUUCAGAGGAAGUUUUCUUUGAUCUUUAUUUGUAUCCCUGUUAGUCCUGGUAAUAGCAGACUCAUUUGGUGCUUCCCAAGAAACUUUGGACUGUGGAUUGACAAAAUUGUACCGCGAUGGAUGUUUCAUGUUGGACAAAACUUGAUUCUAGAUUCAGAUUUAUAUCUUCUGCAUGUUGAGGAAAAGAAAAUAAUGGAUGUUGGUCAAGCUAAUUGGCAUAAGGCCUGUUUUGUGCCAACAAAGGCAGAUGCGCUUGUGAUCGGUUUUAGAAAGUGGUUAAAGAAGUAUGCAGGUGGUGAAGUUGAUUGGAAAGGAAAAUAUAGCGGUGCUCUUCCUCCUACACCUCCUAGAGAACAGCUUAUGGACAGGUACUGGAGUCAUGUGGUGAAUUGCAAGAGUUGCAAUUUGGCGUAUAAGAGUCUCAACGUGGUGGAAGUGAUGCUGCAGAUUAUAUCGGUUGCUUCAAUUGGGAUUGUUGCUACAAUGAAGCAGGGCGUGGCUUCAGCUGUAACAAGAAAUUCAAUGGUUGUGCUGGCAGUACUUUCAUUCGCGCUGUCGCGGUUGUUAGCUCACUUCAUAUACAAAAACUUCCGUUAUCAUGACUACAACCACGCCUUUCGCUGAAAUGUGUUUCCUUAGUUAUUGUUGUCCAAUAACUUUGUUACCGGUAUAUAUAUAGUGAAUUUCUGCAAAAACAAAGCCUGUAAUUGUUGGUACUUAAGAGGAGUUUUGGAGCAUGUUCCUACAUGUAUGUGAUACAUAUUAAGUUCAUAACAUAACAGGCACAUCGAUUGAAGAUGCAUAUAUGUUUGAUUCCACUCUUGUAUGUGGUAAUACUGGGAAGGGAUGUAUGUUGCUUUCUAAAAGAAUUCAUGCAGAUGACACUUUCAUAGUGAUUUAGUGACCUGAAUUGCUAUAUUCUUGGUUGGAUGAAUGAAAAUGAGGGCACAAUUAUCUUUCUAGAAA